CAGCAUCCUAAUGUUCCCAACUCAGAAAACGCAGAGUACAUCCUCCGGCCGCCAAAACCUCUUCCUUACGGUGAACAUCAAUCAAGAAAGGUCAUGUUCAAUAAGCAAGAGGAGAGCAUGGAACCACCGGCGAGGAAGGCCCGAGCUGGGACCCUUCCGGCUAGUGUACCCUCGACACCAACCAAAAAAGGACCAACAGAGAUGCCUCCCCCAUUAGCACCAAUCACACCACGGACGAGGAAAACCCCUGCUAAAGGUAAAAUUGGGUACGGUUAAGGCCCCGUUGACAUUGAGAAACGAAAGAGGGCUAUACUGUCGACCCAGCCGAGUCAACUUUAGUAAACGUUUACAUGAGAAAAAAGGUGGUCCUUUUGCCCGAGCCAAGAGCUAGCAACAGCGCUCGCGCAUGCUCUGCUUGUGUCGCCUUGACCGAGUUAACCCGGGUAGGACAAAAGUCGGCCGGACCUGGAGGGUGACCCUACCAUGGAAAAACUUCUAGCCUAGUCAACUCUUUUGUUUCUCAUGUAAUCAGUUCACCAAGUUUUUUAAAGGAAAUGUAGGAAAAGUUGGCUCGGGUUGGCGAGUGACCCUUCAACCCGGGACAGGUUUUCUCCCUAUAAACGGGGCCUAAGUACCGCAAAUCCUCUAUUAAACCCCCCCGCGGGGGCUUAUUUAUUUCAAGCACAUUUAAGGGGGGGACCCUAUUUAAUUUAGAAAAGACAAUGGUAUCAGUUCUCCCUAUACAACUAGAAUAAAAGGUGGAAAAGCUCAAGUACAAGAAUGUUGGAUGUCAAGCAGCCGAAGAUCAGAAUCAAAUUCGAACUUCCACUUGGUAAAUAAACCUUCUCGGAUCAGUCCUCACGAAGUUUUACAGUCGUGAUUGAUUACUACAGUCUAUCAUUUAUUAGUGAAGAAUAAUUAGGGGAGGGAAGGGGGGCUUAAUAGAGGAUGUACGGUACCUUAAUUUUAAAGUCUUUGCCUUUAAUCUUGCACCUUACACCUAUCCCGUAGUCAUGGUGACCGUUUGAGCGCCACGGACCUAGCAACCCUCUCCCUCCAUUUGAUUUUGUUUUCACCUUCUCUUAGGGCGUUGCAAAACUUCAACCCUGUCCAUUCAGAGAUAUUAUUCUCCCAACGUUUCUUUUGUCGGCCCCUUCUUCUCCCUCCUUGCACUGUUGCACUCCCUCCUUGCCUUUGAUGUGGCGUUGGUUAAAUGUUCAUUACGCCUCAGGCAUGCGAUAAAGAAACAAGAUAAUCUGUCCUAUUCAUUACAUAGCACUUUCUCUUGUUCACGUUUGUAGCAGUCUUGUAACGAUUUUAUCACAAAGGGAUCAUUUUGUUUUAUUUAGGAGCAGCGGCCGAAAUGCCUAUGUCACACUCCGAUUAUGACUUUGGUAACAACGAUCUUACACCAAUGUCUCAAGCAAAACUGUAAGUACACCUACUUUAGCAUGUUUAGUUUUGUCAAACUUCUCUCAGAGGAUGGAGACGUAAAAAUAAAACUUUUAUCUAGACAAAUGACGAUGGUGUGCUGUCACGCAAUUUGCCGCUAGGUUGUGUCCCUCUUGAAAUAUAAUAAGGGCUCCUCACGUGUAGGACUACCAUCCCAUAUGCAUUGAUAAAUAGACAUACUCCUAGUCGCUCAAAGCAGGGUAGCUUUGAAAUAAGUGAAGGCUGAAUUCAAACUAUUUGCAUUGUUUGAGACUGAUAUAUCAUCAAGCCAUCUCAGUCCUAUAUCGCAUUAAGACUCGAACUCUCACCUUUUUUUCUGUUGUUUUGGCAGUUGGUCCCAAUCUCUUGACACAAAUCUGGACAAAGCCACGCAAAGCAGGAAGACCCCAUUUAGGUCUCCUUUUACGAUCGGAAGGAAGCGGUUUGGAUCUCUGGAUACGCCCUCUAGCUCUAGCAAGUGGGGCUCCAGGGUGAGUGAAGGGUCUGUUUUAUGACGUACAGAAACCUUGAGUUUUGACCUCAGUUUCCUUAUUAGAGAGGGCGACUACGAGCACGAGAUUUUCUCAAUACUUAGUAGUGAGCGAGCGUGAGCCAGCGUCAUUUUGGCAGGAAAACGUGAUAGCCGUCAUCAUUCUACAGCGGGUUUUACCGAGAAUGUCGUAGUGUCGGGAACAAGUUAUCAAAUGUAAGAAGUUUUAUCAUUUUGCUUUCGAGAGAGGGCUUAACCUCCUUCACUAUAAAUAACUGAACUAACUUUUUUGGUGAAAAAAAGUAAAAUGAACUUUUCCGGGGUGUCUUGUUUUAAAAAACGCACAAAAACUGUAAGUUAAAUCUCGUACUUGUUCUUGUCCUAAAGCUCUCAAGUAUCUGCAGGGUUCGACUUUAAUCCUUUUUCCGAACACGGAGGGACUUUGUCCGCAGAUGUCUGUAUACGAAUAUAACGGUCUUUAAUCUAUCUUUACUAAAAGACUGAUAAAAUUAAACUCGCCGAUAUUGACCCUGACUUCCUAUUUUACCGAAAAAGGAUGUCGAAAAUGUUUCUUAAUAAAAGCAUUAUUUAGGAUUUUGACGUUUUUAAGGGAUUUUUCGCUUGUUAGCGUUUAACAGAGUCGAUGUGUCUGUUGGAGCACUGGUCAUCGUUUGUUUUGCAGGGAUUUAUGGGUAGCAUCGAAGAAGGUCUAAACAGAAUUGUGGAGGCGAUUACACCAAGAGGACUGGGAGGGCAUGGGCCGAGAAAAGUCAAGGUAAGUAAUGUUGUUGUUGUUGUUUUUGUUAUUAUUAUUAUUAUUAUUAUUAUUAUUAAUAGUAACAAUAAUAGUUAAUCUUUGGUAGUUGAAAGUUGGUAUUUGAUGUCGAAAUCCUAUAUGAAUGGAAAUAUAUGAAAUGACUCAUAUUUUGAACUGCGGAUGAAGAUGGUCCUCCCACUUUCAUGAAAUCCUGUAUGUUGACACAAUACUUUAAGUAAUUUUUAAAGAGAUGAAGUCAAGCCUCCGCCAUCAUUUCGGACCGGCUCAGAAACAUAAAUGAGUUCUUUUUUUUCCGAUGACAGAAAAAAUUUCGUUGUUUCUUGACUUGUAGGCCCUCUACAACGUGUCUUCGACUUCGACAAGAAGCUCCGAUGAAGUUCUUGACGAGCUCAAACGUGUUUUGGAACUGGCGGACAUCAUGUACAAACAAAAAGGGUAGGUAUUUGUUUGAGAGGCGGGACUUAUUUAUUUUAGCGAAGAUGAUGGAUGGUAUCGGUUCUCCAUGGAUAAAGAACUUGAAUGCAGAGUGGAAAAGACCCCAUUUAAGUCUCCUUUUACGAUCGGUAGAAAGCGGUUUGGGUCUCUGAAUACGCCCUCUAGUGCUAGCAAGUGGGGCUCCAGGGUGAGCGAAGGGUCUAUUUUUUAACGUAUAGAAAUCGGUUCUCCAUGGAUAAAGAACUUGAUUGCAAAGUGGAAAAGCUCAAGGAGAAGAAGCUAGAGGUCAUGCAAAAGACUAAAAAAGAUAAAAAACAAAUUCAAACUUCCAACUCGUGAAUAAACUAUACCGGAUCAAUCCAUAAUCUCGACUAUCAUUUAGUAUUGAAGAAUAUUAAGGGCGGACUGGGGGCUUAAUAGCGGAUUUACGGUCCUUUUUUAUGUAUUUCUUUAUUUAGUUAUUGAUGUACCCAACUGAUAAGUUUAUAUCAACCAGCAUCCGAUCAAAUUUGCGCUUUAAAACGCGCUCUCUUGGGUAGAGUGGUGCUGUGAUUAUUUAACCGGUUUCUUGAUUUCGUUAGAUACCUUCUAUUAUUAUACAUUGUAGUCACCAUCUGUCUUCUCAUCGGCUAAAAGCCUACAGUUAAUUCUGGGAAACAGCGCAACCUAGAGAUUAUUCACUAAUCUGUACCUACAGAUUAGUGAAUAAUCUGUAGGUUGCGCGCGCAAUGCAUGAUAUCCAAGAGCAAUGUCAAGUUCGCGGACAGCGAGGUAAGAAUGGCUUCUCGAUUCGCUUCAUCCACGUAGCAAGAAAUUGAGAAAUUACUUGAAGAUAAAGUAUAAGAAAACAAUUAUUGGAUGAGGUUUUUGUGAUAUCCGGAAUAAUCAAGGUCUCGGUUAGUGUUAUCAGCCUCAGCCUUCGGCUUCGGCAGAUAACACUUACCUCGACCUUGAUUAUUCCGGAUAUCACAAAAACCUCAUCCAAUAAUUUUUUAUAAUUAUGUUCUUAAUACCAGUACGUGUACAUUAUGGCGGCUCUCUCAAGUGUUUGGUUAACUUGCAGGUAUGCACUGCGCUGUAAAUCUAUAGACGAGAGAGGCAAAGUCAUCCUUGAAUUCGAAAUGGAGGUCUGUCUGAUUCCGAAGAUGGAGAUGAUAGGUAUGCUUAGUAUUGUCUGAUAAAUUAAAUGGCAAACUCAAAUUCGAACGACAAAAACGUGAGUGCCUCGCUGUAAUUGAAGAGACGAAGAAAAAAAAACGAAACGAAUAACAGGUUUUUGUGCUUGUACAUCAAAGCUUCGCUAUCGCUUAACUUAAAGAGGCAGCACCCGUGCAGGCUGUCAGAGGCUUUGACGUUUGUCAGUUGUUUUUAGCAACAGAAUGCAGCCGGGUUUUAACGACGGCUCAAUCUUUUGUCGCUUCUCGCUGUCUGUAAAAGCAAGGGGAUAAAGCUUUUUAGGUAAGCUGUGCGUUGAUGCUAUUCUUUUCUCCCUUUGCAGGAGAAUACUUCUCAUUUUCUUUCUGCUUGCCCAGCAAAAUUGUUUAAUUAAUCAACUAACCAUUGUUUGCUCUCUUGUCAGGUAUUCGCCGGAAGCGCAUGAAGGGAGAUACAUGGGCCUAUAAAAAGAUCUGUGAGGAACUUUUGUCCGCUGCGAAACUGUGA